GACGCGCACCCGGAUGUGGCGAACAUGUUCGGCGCAUCUCUCAGGGUCUGCGCUCAGAUAACAGUUUAUACUUCAUUUAGCGCCUCCGUCCAGGUUCCAGUGUGAGAUUUGUUUUUUUUUCCUCCUCUUUCUUUCCAACGAUGAGUUGGAUUUAAAACGGACCUUUUCAAUGUGGAUUCGAGGAUGCAAGAAGCGGAUGAACAGUCUGAAGGGGCACAGUAUGCCAGCAACAGAAGGACCACUCCCUCGGCCGACACCCCGGCGCUCUGGUCAGAAAGACAAACCCAUCUGCAGCAGCUCCACACACCAGAGACCCCGCAGGCCCCUGCCAGCACGGGCAAACCUGUCGGCUCGUCUUAUGGGCUCCUCGGGGCGCACGGUGAGGCUCCGGGCUCAGGCGGCGCUGGUGCCGGUGUCAGCCCAGUCCUCGCUUGGCAUGUGGCCAUUACUGCUGCUCGACAAGCACAGGACGACACUGAAAAGCCUCACAUGAGCUCAGGGCCCUCAGUUUGCACCGGUGGGCCGGCUCCCGUCGGCUCGCUGGCGCAGAGAAAGAGACAGCAGUAUGCCAAAAGCAAAAAACAAGGUGGAUCUACCAACAGCAGGCCGCCCAGGGCGCUGUUCUGCCUCAACCUCAACAACCCCAUCCGCAGGGCCUGCAUCAGCCUGGUGGAGUGGAAGCCAUUUGAUAUCUUUAUACUGCUGUCUAUUUUUGCCAACUGUGUGGCCUUAGCCAUCUACAUCCCCUUUCCUGGAGACGACUCCAAUUCUACAAACCAAGAACUGGAAAAAGUAGAAUAUGCCUUCCUGAUCAUUUUCACAAUAGAGACAUUUCUGAAGAUCAUUGCCUAUGGUUUGGUCAUGCACCAAAACUCCUACGUCAGAAACGGCUGGAACAUGUUGGACUUUGUCAUCGUCAUUGUGGGGUUGUUCAGUGUGGUUCUAGAGAUGAUAACCAAAGACGCUGACUCUGGUGGCCAGUCCGGGGGCAAACCUGGAGGAUUUGACGUGAAGGCCCUCCGAGCCUUUCGCGUUCUAAGACCCCUUCGCCUUGUUUCUGGAGUUCCCAGUUUACAGGUGGUUUUAAAUUCCAUUAUUAAAGCCAUGGUUCCCUUGCUUCACAUCGCUCUGCUGGUCCUCUUUGUAAUCAUCAUCUACGCCAUUAUCGGCCUCGAGCUCUUCAUUGGAAAAAUGCAUGCCACGUGCUACAUGCUGCAAACCGGCACCCUUGCAGAAGAGGAGCCCACACCAUGUGCGGUGUCCGGCCACGGCCGUCACUGCUUCGUCAACGGUACAGCUUGCCGAGAGGGCUGGCAAGGCCCCAACAAUGGCAUCACCAACUUCGAUAACUUUCUGUUCGCCAUGCUGACGGUGUUCCAGUGCAUCACCAUGGAGGGCUGGACCGACGUCCUCUACUGGAUGAACGAUGCAAUGGGCUUUGAGCUGCCAUGGGUCUACUUCGUCAGUUUGGUCAUCUUUGGAUCCUUCUUCGUCCUGAACUUGGUUUUGGGUGUGUUAAGCGGAGAGUUUUCCAAAGAGCGAGAAAAGGCCAAAGCUCGAGGUGAUUUCCAGAAGCUGCGUGAGAAGCAGCAGUUAGAGGAAGACCUGAAGGGCUACCUGGACUGGAUCACGCAGGCGGAGGACAUCGACCCCGAGAACGAGGAGGAGGGGGACGAGGAGGGCAAGCGUAACCGGGUCACACUGGCUGACCUCACUGAGAAGAAGAAAGGAAAGUUUGGCUGGUUCACUCAGUCCUCAGAGACUCAUGCGAGCGGACCGACGAGUGAAACAGAAUCGGUGAACACGGAGAAUCACAACGGAGAGCAGGAUAAAUCACCGUGCUGUGGACCGCUGUGUCAAAAAAUUACUAAGUCAAAGUGCAGCCGCCAGUGGCGACGGUGGAAUCGUUUCUGCCGCAGGAAGUGCCGCGCUGCCGUGAAAUCAGUGACGUUUUACUGGCUGGUCAUCGUCCUGGUGUUCCUCAACACGCUGACCAUCGCCUCCGAGCACUACAACCAGCCGGACUGGCUGACUGAAGUCCAGGAUGUAGCCAACAAAGUUCUCCUGGCCUUGUUCACCUUGGAGAUGCUGGUGAAGAUGUACAGUUUGGGGCUGCAGGCGUACUUUGUGUCCCUGUUUAACCGCUUCGACUGUUUUGUGGUGUGUGGAGGCAUCGUAGAGACCAUCCUGGUGGAGCUGGCCAUCAUGUCUCCUCUGGGCAUCUCUGUGUUUCGCUGCGUGCGCCUCCUUAGGAUUUUCAAAGUUACCCGUCACUGGGCAUCUCUGAGUAACCUGGUGGCCUCUCUGCUCAACUCCAUGAAGUCCAUCGCCUCCCUGUUGCUGCUGCUCUUCCUCUUCAUCAUUAUUUUCUCCCUGCUUGGCAUGCAGCUCUUCGGAGGGAAGUUCAACUUUGACGAAACCGUGACCAAAAGGAGCACGUUUGAUAACUUCCCGCAGGCCCUGCUCACUGUGUUUCAGAUCCUGACAGGCGAAGACUGGAACACCGUGAUGUACGAUGGCAUUAUGGCUUACGGGGGUCCAGCCUCGUCUGGAAUGGUUGUUUGCAUUUACUUCAUCAUCCUCUUCAUCUGUGGAAACUACAUCUUACUAAACGUCUUUUUGGCCAUCGCAGUGGACAACCUGGCAGAUGCGGAGAGUCUUAACACAGCACAGAAGGAGGAAGAGGAGGCCAAGAAGAGGCGGAAUAGUGCCAAGGAGGCCUGUGCAGAGAAAAAGACAGUUGAAAUAGCAGAAGCCACAAAUAGUGAGACUAAGGUUCCAACAGACGCUUUGCUAGAAGGAGAGAAAGACUCGUAUCCUGUCAUCGACUCUCCAGGGUGUAACGAUGACGAUGAUAACGACAACCUCCCGGAGGUUCCCGUCGGCCCUCGCCCUCAACGACUCUCUGAACUCACCAUCAAAGAGAAGACUCCACCCAUCCCAGAGGGCAGUGCCUUUUUCAUCUUCAGCAGCACUAACCCGUUUCGGGUGCUCUGCCAUAAGCUCAUCAACCAUCAGAUCUUCACCAACCUCAUCCUGGUCUUCAUCAUGCUCAGCUCCGUUUCUCUGGCUGCCGAGGAUCCCAUACGCAACUUCUCUGCUCGCAAUAUUAUACUUGGUUAUUUUGACUAUGCUUUCACCGCAAUCUUUACUGUUGAGAUCCUGUUGAAGAUGACAGCGUUUGGGAUGUUUCUUCAUAAAGGGGCAUUCUGUAGGAACUACUUCAACCUAUUAGACCUUCUGGUAGUUGGUGUGUCUCUGGUGUCCUUCGGCAUUCAAUCUUCUGCUAUCUCUGUGGUGAAGAUUCUCCGUGUUUUGCGAGUGCUUCGUCCACUCAGGGCCAUCAACAGAGCCAAAGGUCUCAAGCACGUGGUACAGUGUGUAUUUGUGGCCAUCAGGACCAUCGGCAACAUCAUGAUCGUCACCACGCUGCUGCAGUUCAUGUUCGCUUGUAUCGGAGUGCAACUCUUCAAGGGUAAAUUCUAUCGAUGCACAGAUGAUGCAAAGUCCAGCCCAGACGAUUGCAAGGGAACUUACAUUCUCUACAAUAAUGGGGACACGGCACUGCCAAUGGUCAAAGAAAGGAUCUGGUACAACAGUGACUUCAACUUUGACAAUGUCCUCAUGGCCAUGAUGGCUCUUUUCACUGUCUCCACCUUUGAAGGAUGGCCCACUCUACUGUACAAAGCCAUUGACUCUAACAGGGAGAACAUGGGUCCCGUCUAUAACUAUCGUAUUGAGAUCUCCAUCUUCUUUAUAAUCUAUAUCAUCAUCAUUGCCUUCUUCAUGAUGAACAUCUUUGUUGGUUUCGUCAUCGUCACCUUUCAGGAGCAGGGAGAGAAGGAGUACAAGAAUUGCGAGCUGGACAAGAACCAGCGUCAGUGUGUGGAGUACGCACUUAAAGCUCGCCCACUGCGUCGCUACAUUCCCAAAAACCCCUACCAGUACAAGUUCUGGUAUGUGGUCAACUCAACGGGCUUUGAGUACGUCAUGUUUGUCUUAAUCAUCCUCAACACUCUUUGUUUGGCCAUUCAGCACCAUGGACAGUCACAUCUGUUUAACUAUGCCAUGGACAUCCUCAACAUGGUUUUUACUGGGGUUUUCACCGUGGAGAUGAUUCUCAAGCUCAUCGCCUUCAAACCCAGAAACUAUUUUGCUGAUGCAUGGAACACGUUUGAUGCCUUAAUUGUUGUGGGUAGCGUGGUUGACAUUGCCAUCACUGAGAUCAAUUCUGCAGACAUUCCUGUUGUCAAGGUGAUAGUGGAGCCAGGGAAUACGGAGGACAGCGCUCGCAUCUCCAUCACCUUUUUCCGCCUGUUCAGGGUGAUGCGACUGGUGAAACUGCUGAGCAGGGGGGAGGGAAUCAGAACCCUGCUGUGGACCUUCAUCAAGUCCUUUCAGGCUCUUCCCUAUGUUGCCCUCCUGAUAGCGAUGCUGUUCUUCAUCUACGCUGUGAUCGGCAUGCAGGUGUUUGGGAAAAUAGCAAUGGUGGAUGGCACACAAAUCAACCGCAACAACAACUUUCAAACCUUUCCCCAGGCUGUCCUGAUGCUCUUCAGGUGUGCCACGGGGGAGGCCUGGCAAGACAUCAUGCUGGCCUGUCUGCCAGGAAAGCUGUGUGACUCCGAGUCCGACUACAGCCCUGGAGAAGAGAGAACCUGCGGCAGCGGCUUUGCCAUCAUCUACUUCAUCAGCUUCUAUAUGCUCUGCGCUUUUCUGAUUAUCAACCUCUUUGUAGCUGUCAUCAUGGAUAACUUUGAUUACCUGACCCGUGACUGGUCCAUUCUGGGGCCGCACCACCUGGAUGAGUUUAAAAGGAUCUGGUCGGAAUAUGAUCCUGAAGCUAAGGGCAGGAUAAAACAUCUUGAUGUGGUGACCCUGCUGAGGAGAAUCCAGCCUCCGUUGGGCUUCGGCAAGCUCUGCCCUCACAGAGUGGCCUGUAAGCGGCUGGUUGCUAUGAACAUGCCCCUCAACAGUGAUGGGACUGUCAUGUUUAACGCCACCUUGUUUGCUUUGGUCCGCACCGCUCUCAAGAUCAAGACUGAGGGUAACUUGGAGCAAGCAAACGAAGAGCUCAGAGUCGUGAUCAAGAAGAUCUGGAAACGGACCAGUAUGAAGCUGCUGGAUCAAGUGGUGCCUCCUGCAGGCGAUGACGAGGUAACUGUGGGGAAGUUCUAUGCCACCUUCCUGAUACAGGACUACUUCAGAAAGUUCAAGAGGCGCAAAGAGCAAGGGCUUGUGGGAAGCCAUUCGUGGGAGAAGCUGAACACCACCUUGGCUCUACAGGCUGGCUUGCGCACACUCCACGAUAUUGGACCAGAGAUCCGUCGAGCCAUAUCAUGUGACCUGCAAGAGGAAGGACUCGUAGACACAACUGGGGAGGAAGAGGAGGAAAUCUACAGACGUAAUGGUGGCCUUUUUGGGAACCACGUCAACUACGUCGGGGGAGAUCAGCAAGGCGGUUCCCAUCCCACCACAGUCACGCAGCGGCCGCUACAGAUCCUGCCCUUCUCCUGCCGGGCCUCAGUUGAGGCCACGCAGAUCAACAGGACAUCCGGCAGCCGGGAAGGAGAGGCAGAGAUGAAGUCCUCGCCCCUCCAUUACAAUCACCACCUGUUUGAUUACCCUCACUGCAACUCCACUUCUCGUCAGUCGCCAAUACCCUCCAAUGCUAACCUCAACAAUGCCAACGUGCCCUCACUUCUCUCCGUGACCUCUGGGAGGCCGCGAGAGUGUUUAUUGCAGCGAAGUCGCCCGUCCUCCGCCAGAAAUGGAUCAUCGGGCACUUACAGCAAGAGUGUGCACAACAAACUGUGGAAGUCCCACUCCACGAGGACUCGUUACUAUGAAGCCUAUAUUAGGUCACAAAGUGGAAAAGGACUUUAUCCCACCAUUCGUCGGGAGGAGCCGGGCGGCGGUGGCGGCGGCGGCGAGAGCGACGACGAACGAGGUUCUGGAGAAUACUUCAGCGGGGACGACUUUCACGAGGAUGACAUCAUGGUCACGAAGGAGAGAUUGUCCAACACAGACUAUUGUGACGAUGCAGAGGGAGAUUUGGACUUCUCCAUGAAUGACUGCCAGUCGGAUCCUUUCUAUGACGAUGACAGACAACCCAUCUGCCAGGAAGACAGGCGCUCGCCCAAAAGAUGGUUUUUACCCUCACCUCAAGGCUGCAACACGCCAACAUUCAAUUUUGACUGUCUUCGUAGAAGAAGUAGUACAGAUGACGCUCCUCCUUCUCCCUCAUGCACAGCUCUUCCGCUACACCUCAUGCAGCAACAGGUGAUGGCGGUGGCUGGUCUGGAUGCCAGCAGACUCCACCGGCUGUCUCCGACGAGGUCGCUGCGCUCCUGGGCCACUCCCCCUGCGUCCCCCAUCACCCGGGACUGUUCGCCCUGCUACACACCACUCAUACAGGUUGACUGGCGGAGUACAGGCAGUGUGGGAAACAUCCCAGGAUCAGUGAAGCGGAGUUCGUGGUACACUGACGGCCAGGACGGCACUCCCAGCCGCUGCCACUCUCCGUCACGUCUGCAGCUGCCUGCAGAGCGCUGCUUACUAAAGAGAGACAGCGCCAGCAGUCUCGUGGAGGCGGUGCUGAUCUGUGAGGGUUUAGGGAAAUACGCCAGGGACCCCAAGUUUGUGUCAGUCACCAAACAUGAGAUUGCAGACGCCUGUGAGUUGACCAUUGAUGAAAUGGAGAGCGCGGCCAGUAAUCUGCUGAACGGGAGUAUGGGUAAUGGCAGCACUGGGGGAACAGAGAACGUCGCCUCAGACUCCAAUCCCACCACUCAUAUGACGGACCCCGGUGUCCGAGACUACAGCGACGAAGAGCCAUAUGUGGUGGUGAAAUGCGAGGAGGACCUGACAGAUGAGAUGAUAUGCAUCACUUCACUAUAGCAGCGGCUCCGGAUUGUUUUUAUUAUUUUUUUUAUGAUUAUUAUUAUAUUUCUACAACUGUUUCACAUUGAUAAAAUGUCUUUGUUCAAGCGCAUCUUGCAAAAGGACACAAAAAAACCCAAACGGGGUGAAUAUGAGAACAAAGUGCCUUGUUUUUCUCUUUCUGCUGGGUGGAGAACAGCAACGGCAGAUGAACGGUUGGAUUUGACGGACGAUUCUGCUAAUAUUGAAGCAGAAGACACGAAUCCACCUGCCGGCCAGCCUCUUACUGAGCAGGAAUUCAGGACACUACUUUGACAUUGUUUUUCUAUUGUAUUUAUUACAAACGUCUGUCACAGCAUGAAGCCUGUGAUCUUUUUAUUUUCCAAAUAUUGAGAAUAUUCUUUAUGUAACUCAGCUUUAACAGAAGGGACAGUGGGCUUGUUGUUGUCCUGUUCUAAAACCAGACUCCUCUGUACAAAUAAAAGCCACCAAUCUUGCACAGUUUACUCAAUAUUAAGAGCCAAUAAAACAAAAGUACUACAGCACCGCUCAAAUCUCACCUGUAGAGGAAGACUUGUCUUCCUCACCAACUGUUUUUCUUUGUAUAAUUUUGUCCCCCCAAAAAAACCCAAACCUUGAAAACCAGUUUAAGGAAACCGACCAGUGACGGGCCAGAGAAUUCACACACAAGUAAACAUGUUUGAGCUGCGUUUCACCCCCUGGACCCGGUUGAAUCUCAUGUAUAAAUAUGUGAUUUUGAGCUUCUGCUGGGCUUGGUGACGGCUGCUGAUCCUCCGCGUUGCUUUUUCACUCCCCUGAUGUAAAUUACAGGGGGGGAAAAAACUUGAUAAACAUAUAUAUUUUUGCUAUUUCAACUCAUUUCGAUCAAGCUGCUCCAAAGCCAUCACCGCUGGUACAUCAGAAUCAAGCUGCUGCAGGUUCACAGUUCAGAACUUCAGGGUUAAACAUUGCUCGUCUGUGCUUUUCCACUUGAAAAAGAAGUGACAUAUCAGCAAAAAAAAAAAAAAGACCAUGUCCUCACGCAUAUCCUCCUGUUAUUUCACAUGCUCACUGACGCCAUCCAAGAUAUGUUUCCCUUUGACAUUCACAGAAUAAAAACUGGCUUUGUUUUCUGAAUAUACAAAGGUUCAUUUCGUGCAGGUCUCCUUCAACUUCCAGAAUUGAGCUCAUAGUGAGGAAAAAAUAAGUCGUAGAUCUUUUUCUUUUUCUGUCUGUCACAUGUUGAGACUAUAUUUUAAAGCAGGGGUGUCCAGUUCCAGUCCUGGAGGGCAGCUGCCCCGCAUGUUUGAGAUGUUUCCCUGCUUCAACACACCCUGAUACAAAAGGCUGGGACAUUAAAGCUGCAGUAGGGAACCAAAAGUCCAGAAAAUUUGAAUGCAUACAAUGUUCUUGCCCCUCCCAACCUCUCUGUUGUACUCCAGAACUGACUGACCUUGAUGACAAGCUGAUGACGAUCCACUCAUUUGAAUUAGAUGUGCCAAAGCAAGGACACAUCUAAAACAUGCGGGGCAGCUGCCCUGAAAUCGGAUAUCAAGGUUUUAAAGCCAAACUAUGUAGCAAUACCACUUCCGACCCACAUGUGGGUUCAUACAUCUGGUCAGUUGACAGAAGAACGACUGUGCGAUGGACGUAUAGCGCGGCACAUCUUUAUGGUCAGAACUGGUAUUCCUUCACAGUACCAUUAUGUAAUUCCAGUUACCUACUUUCAGAAUAAUUCAACAUCUAUGACCAUUUUUCAAAGAAAAAUAUGUAAGAAAUCAGAAUCUGGAAGUCCUGUGUUCCCAACGAUUCUUACAUUUCAUACGUUUCAUUUAAUUUAGUGAGACACUGGUCAUUUUAGGACACACGAGUACGCAAAUGACCACACACGGGUUUUUGUUAGCCGAUGUGUAAACGCGGACUCAUUACCACAUUUCCUGACAUUAUAAACGUCCUGCAUGUUCAAUUGGGAAUUAUAUUAUGAAAGUUAAGUUCCUGUGCAAAAGUCAUCCAAAACAACUUAUACGUUUGCUAAAAUUAUUAUAAAACAACAAUACCUGCACAUUUGCCCCACAACAUACCAGCAUUGUCUACCACUGCCAACUCUUAAAGGAUCCACUUGUAAAAGGAGACUCUGCAAUUUGAUCCCUGCAAUCAAAGGGCUUCUUUGUGAAACCAAAACAGGUUCAUCGAGUUGAUGAAGUUGUUUCCUUGUGCAACAAUUGCU